UCUGCAGUUUGGUCUGCAUAUAAAUAUACCCGACAUAACAAUCAUCCUUUCUACAUCACUUCUUGUUUCUUCACUUUCCCCUGUCCCCUACAAAUGCCUCUCCGUGGUCUCCUCCUCUUCUUUGUUCUCUUCUAUUCCUCGACCGGAUCAGGGACACCAACAACCACAGUGGUGGGAGUGAAUUACGGAAGGCGAGGAAACAACAUACAGUCCCCAUACCAUACCAUAAGGCUUCUUAAAAACCUCAAUGUCUCUUAUGUUAAGAUAUACGAUGCUGAUUCCGAAACCCUCACACUCCUGUCCAAAACAAACAUCCACGUCUCGGUCAUGGUACCCAAUCAACUCAUUUCAAACAUAGCUUCAAGCCAAAGCGUAGCAAACCAGUGGGUACGCGAAAAUGUUCUUGCUUACUACCCUGAUACCAGGAUUCGCUUCAUACUCGUGGGAAACGAAGUCCUCAGCUUCAACGCGACCAGCAGCGACAUAAGGAUAUGGCGUGAUCUGGUACCAGCAAUGCAGAAAAUUAAGAAAUCACUAGCGGCUAAGAACAUAAGGAACAUCAAGAUCGGAACACCCCUUGCUAUGGAUAUCAUGGAAUCUACGUUCCCUCCUUCGAAUGGGAAGUUCCGUGCUAAUUCACUAACCGAUGUGCUGCUUCCAAUGCUGCACUUCUUGAACUCGACAAAAUCAUACUUUUUUCUUGAUGUUUACCCUUACUACGCGUGGGCCGCGAAUCCCUCUGGAGUUGGGCUUGACUAUGCUCUGUUCGAAGGGGGAAAUGGCUCUCUGUACACUGACCCGGCCACUGGCUUGAAUUACACAAACCUCCUUGAUCAAAUGCUUGAUUCUGUCGUUUACGCCAUGUCAACCUUGGGGUAUAAAGAUGUAAAGCUUGCGAUAGCAGAAACUGGAUGGCCUCACUCAGGGGGGCUCGAGGAGCCCGGGGCAAACAUGUACAAUGCAGCAACAUACAAUCGCAAUCUUGUGAAGAAAAUGACAGCUCAGUCACCAAAAGGCACCCCAGCUCGACCAGGAGCGGUUAUACCCACCUUUAUAUUUUCAUUGUACGAUGAAAACAGAAAGAGUGGUCCAGGGACGGAGCGACACUGGGGCCUAUUUCAUCCUACAAACGGAAACCCCAUAUACGAUCUGGACAUAACUGGGGUCCGAACAGACUAUGGGCGGGCAUUGACAAGGCCAACCAACAACGGGGCGUAUAAAGGGAAGGCAUGGUGUGUGGUGGCACGAGGGGCGAGUGAGGCGGAGUUGGGAUCAGCAUUAGAGUCCGCGUGCAGGCAAGUGGAAGGAAUGUGUGAGGCGCUGAGGCCGGGCAGGGAGUGUUAUGAGCCGCUUAGUGUAACUUCCCAUGCAGAUUACGCUUUCAGUUCAUACUGGGCAAGAAUGCGGAAUGUGACAAGUGCUAACUGUUAUUUCAAUGGACUUGCUGUAGAAACUACCACGGAUCCAAGCCAUGGAUCCUGCAAAGUCCCCAGUGUGACCUUAUGAAGAAGAUAAUGUCCUAACAGAGAGGAUGAUUAAAUAAAUGGAAGAAAAGCUGGGGAAAGGACCUCUCAGAUACAUAUGUUGUGUUCAUACCUACAAGGGAUGCAUUUCUAGGUCAAUAGUAAUUUUCUUAAUUUGUUACUGUUUGCUUAUCAAUCCUACAAGAAAAGGGAUCGUUUAUAACAGGCUAUGUCAUAACAGAAUUUAAGGCUA